ACCACUCCUCUGCCAAAUACCCACAAACCAAACAUCUUCUUCUCCUUCUAUUCUCAUAUCAUACACUUUUCCAUUCUCUUCCAUCUCAGUUCCAUUAAGCAUGGCCGUUUUCACAUUCGAGGACGAAACCACUUCUCCCGUGGCUCCUGCCACCCUUUACAAAGCUCUUGUGAAAGACGCCGACAACAUCGUCCCAAAAGCCGUUGAUUCCUUCAAGAGUGUUGAAAUCGUGGAGGGCAACGGUGGCCCCGGAACCAUCAAGAAGAUCUCUUUUCUUGAGGAUGGAGAGACAAAGUUUGUGUUGCACAAAAUAGAAGCAAUAGAUGAGGCAAACUUGGGAUACAGCUACAGCAUUGUUGGAGGUGCUGCCUUGCCAGACACUGCAGAGAAGAUCACAAUCGACACCAAACUCAGUGAUGGCUCCAACGGAGGCUCUGUGGUGAAGCUGAGCAUAAAAUACCACAACAAAGGAGAUGCUCCACCCAACGAAGAUGAACUCAAAGCUGGUAAAGCCAAGAGUGAUGCUCUUUUCAAGGUCAUCGAGGCUUACCUUUUGGCCAACGCUUGAAUUAUUACCUGCGUCUUUCCCUGUGUGUUUAUCUUAAAAUUGGCUUUCAACAUACAGUGUUUAAGUUAAGUUUUGUUGUAAGGUUAUCUUUGUAUCCACUACAUCAACCAAUAAGUUAUAAUAAAGGAAAGUAUUACUUAAUAUCA